AUGGCUUCCUCAUCGAGUACUUCCAAGACUGGAGACAAACGGGCUAAUCCAGCCGCCUCGCUUAUCGCUGGUGCCCUCGCCGGAUCGAUCGAAGGAUUCGUUACCUAUCCAACCGAAUUUGUAAAGACCCGAUCCCAAUUCAGGUCCGCAACGGCAGUCGGAAAGCCACCGGGACCGAUCGAAAUAUUGAAGACGACAGUAGCAAAAGAUGGAGUCAGAGGACUCUACUCUGGAUGCUCAGCUCUAGUGAUCGGUAAUGGUCUAAAAGCCGGAGUCAGAUUCUUUAGUUAUGAGAAAUUCAAGAAGGCUUUAGUGGACCAAGACGGAAAACUUACUGGCCCAAGGUCAUUAUUAGCUGGACUAGGCGCGGGAAUGUUCGAGGCCUUAUUGGCAGUCACUCCUUCGGAAACCAUCAAAACUAAACUGGUUAAUGAAUCGAUGAAGCCUAAUCCUAGAUUCACUGGACUCGUUCAAGGUACCAAAGAAAUCAUCAAACUCGAAGGUAUGGGAGGGAUAUAUCGGGGCUUGUUUCCUGUUAUGAUGCGACAAGGAGCGAACUCAGCAGUCAGAUUUUCCACUUACAGUUCAUUGAAAGCACUCUUUCAAGGAAAUGUUCGAUCCGGACAACAGCUACCAAGUUUCAUGACCUUCGCGAUAGGGGGAGUAGCGGGAGUAGUGACAGUAUAUUGCACGAUGCCAUUAGACGUGAUUAAGACUCGGAUGCAGUCUCUCGAAGCAAAAGCUAAAUAUUCUAACUCAUUUGAUUGCGCUUAUCAAAUAUUUAAGUUUGAAGGAAUCUCCCGAUUUUGGAAAGGAACUACACCCAGACUAAUCCGAUUGAGUCUUAGUGGUGGCAUCGUCUUCACUGUCUAUGAAAAUGUGAUCAAGAUGUUAGGAGGCAUUUCAAUUUAG